GAAUUUUUUUUAUUACUUUUCUUCAAAGUGACUUUGUUCAAAUUCUGAUUAGUUUAACAAGUAACGGUAGACGUGGUUGGAACUAUCAUCGCUUGAUACGGAAAGAAAGUAGUCGCAAAGGAUGAAUAUAUUUUCAUUUAAAAGUGUGAUCUUUGGCGUGACUACCACCGCCAUUGGAUAUUACACAAUCCUCCUACCACAUACUAUUUUGCUGAAAAGAUACAGAUACGUAGUGGCCACAUAUCGAAUGGGCAAAGAAGAACCAUUGGGCUUUAAAGUCCAGGAAAAGAUUCAAAGGGUAAUGGAUGAUCUCAAGCUACCUGAGGAUAUUAGAAACACUAUAAAACCCUUCAGUGUGUUUGGCUUCGAUCUGUUUCACGCCGGCACUCUUAAUGCCAAAUACGGCGCGAUACUGGGAAUUCCUGUUAACUUCACCAAGACGAACGAGCAUAUUCGUGAGAAUCUACAAAUCAGAGAGGAAUAUAUGGAUUGGACACGACCAGAUGCCCACAAUUUUUUGAACGCGUCGAUGCUCUCCGAGAACGCGCAGAAGUUCGCGAUAGCGCGCGAAAUCCUGCGUAUCCUAGCGGAGGAACCGUAUUUCGAUUCUUUCGGACUGGCUCUAACGAUCGCAACGCUAUGGACGCUUUAUAAUAUCGUAUCGUACAGAUUUAGAUUGCGGGAACGUAGCGCGAUAACACGAUUUACGUUUUAUACUGUCUUCGUCAUGUCCGGUGCGUUAUGGUGGUUCGGCGUAAAGGACUAUCGAAGUAAUCGACUCGACAAAGAAAACGACGAAGAUUUGUGCAAUUUAGGACCCGAAUAUAUCAAAGGGGGACAAGAAUUCUAUGAAAAGUUGUUAAUCAGAAACAAAGCUCUUAGAUCUCUCUUGGGAACAGCAGGAAAAAGAAUAUUCACCGCUUACGGAAACGAAGAGUCUUUCCUGCGGCAGAAGCACAUACCGAUCACCAAUAGGAAAGACUUCUUUGAUUCGCGUCUACGAAGUUUGGAAGAAGCGAAAUGAGUUGAUUUUCUUAUACCUAAAAUUUGGAGAGCAAAGUCUUUUUUACGUUCAUCGUCGGAGAUAAAUUUAAAUUUAAAUUUGAUCCAAGUGAUCAAAUGAAUGAUGUCCGGUAUGUCUGACAGUUUUCUUCUUGUAUUUAAUUCCUCGCAAACGUAGAUAUAUCGGAGAUCAUUGUACAGAUUUAUGUAUUUAUUUUGAUAUUUUUAAUGUUGUCGGUAAAAUGCAUCUGUAAUAAAUUGUUACUAUUUGAAACAGUAUUCAUUAGGAAUAUAUAUUAAUUACAAUAUCACGCACAUCAUUCCUUAAAACUACUGUAUUUAUGAGACAUUGCCACGUCUUACCUUAAUGUAAGAAGCUUUUAUAGAAGAUACAUAUUUUCGUAAUA